AUGUGCGAAUAUAAAAUACCAAUUGCUAUUAAUGACUGUAUUAAUUAUAACAACCUUCAGGCAUUUUUUGUAUAUUUGGAUCGAGAUAAGGAUAUUUCCAAAUGGUUUUCCAACUCUUAUUAUUUCAAUAUUUCAAGUCUUAUGCAAUAUUUCAUUUCUCAUGGUGCAGAUAUCAAUGCAAAAAAUAUAUUUGGAAAAACAGCUUUACAUACUGCAAUUUUGAACAAUAAUUUAAAAUGUGCGAAUUAUCUUAUUACCAAUGGAGCAGAUGUAAAUGCGAAACAGACGUAUGGUUUGACAGCUCUUCAUUCUGCAACAAUUAACAAUCAAUUAUCAAUAUUAAAGUUCCUUAUUAAUCGUGGUGCAGAUAUCAAUGCAAAAGAUGAAUCACAGAGAACUGCACUUCAUUAUGCAGUAAAAGGACAACAUCAAGAAAUAAUAGAAUAUCUUAUUUCUCAUAGUGCUGAUGUCAAUGUAAAAGAUAUUAAUGGCAUGACGCCUCUCCAUGAUGCAGUAAGUGACCGUAAUGAAUAUUUAUCUUUUUAUCUAAUUUCUCAUGGGGCAGAUAUCAAUAUUCAAAAUAAAGAAGGAUGGUCACCAAUUUUUUAUGGAGUGUUUAAUUAUGAUACACAUAUUGUGCCACUUCUUAUAUCAAAUAAUGCGGAUAUUAAUCUGAAAGAUAGCCACGGGAAAACGGUCCUUCAUUGGGAAGGGAUGUUUUAUAUUCAAGAGUUGGCCGAGCUCUUUAUUUCACAUGGAAUAGAUGUCAAUGGAGUGGACAAUGAUAAAUGGACUGCCCUUCAUUAUGCAGCCAAAUCCAAUUGUUUAAAUUUUGUUAUGCUGCUUAUUAAUAAUGGUGCAAAUGUCAAUGCUGAAACUAAUAUGGGCAAAACAGCUCUUUAUUAUUCCCAGAAAAAAAAUUACAAUCAAAUGACAGAAUUUCUCAAUUCUCACGGGGCAUGUAUUUCUGUUGUCACAGAAGAACCAGAGAAUAAUGUGACAGUAUCUGAUAAUAGCUUUUCAUGGAUCAAAAAAAUCUUCAGUUUUGCUUUAUGUGAAAGCAAUAAAUGA